GCGGGGCCGGUCCGAAUUCUGGCGGAAUAUUUUGCCUUGAGGGGCUCUUGAAGAAAUCCUGGUGAAACUAUGGACGCUGAUGAUGACUUGGAUCUGUUGGCUUCCCUUCUGGAAGAAAACGAAGCAACUGAGGAGAGGAAUUCUCCUGAGGAGGAAGAUGCUCCCGAGGAUGAAGAUGGAGAACCAGAUGAGUACGAUGAGCUCUUUGAUGCAGAAGAUGAUGCAUCCUACACUGAGGAAGUUGAUGCUGAGGACAGCAUGAUUGAUGAGCAGAAGGAGAACUUGGCUAUGCUGUUUGGAGACGUAGAUGACCUGCUGGAAGAGGAGGAGGCAGAGAAAGCUGUCCCAGCUUCAGCUCCCAGUCAGGCGAAGGAGAAAACCAAUGAAGAACUGCAAGCUGAGCUGAGAAAAUUGCAAGAGCAGAUGAAGACCUUACAGGAGCAGUUGCAGAAGACUGCUCUUGGGCAGCAAUCCAGUUCAGGCCCUGAGAAGAAAACCCCUGGUAAAUCUCCCUGUCCACCCUUAAAGGAAAGGAAAGUUCAGAAGCUGCAAGAGUCAUCAUGCUUCUCAGCCCAACUGGAUAAUCCUCUACCACCAGCCAAGCAAGGAAUGCAGAAAUCAAAAGCAUCCUCAGCAGAGAACAAGAUUCCUCCUCCACGACAAGUCCUCAGUCUGGCGUUCCAGCCUCUCAAGCCUGCUGUAGGGAACACCCCCAGUAAGGUGACCAGAGAGAAGACUCCUCAUGUGCCCGCAUGCCCCAGUGCAACCACACAGCCAGUGUCUGUGGAAACCUUCUCAGGACUGAGAUUAAGAAAACCCCGGGUGUCUUCAGCCGAAAUGGACAGGAAAAUGGCUAACAGGAAGCUCAUCCGACUGUCUCAGCUGAAGAACAAACUUGCUACUGAAAAUCUGGAGGAAAUAGACUGGGUAACAUUUGGAGUCAUAGUGAAGAAGGUCACUCCUCAGAGUGCAAAUAAUGGCAGGACCUUCAGUAUCUGGCGGCUGAACGACCUGCGGGACCUCAAUGAGUGCGUCUCGCUCUUCCUGUUUGGUCAAGUCCACAAGGAGCACUGGAAGACCGACCAAGGCACCGUCGUUGGCCUGCUCAAUGCCAACCCUAUGAAAUCUAAAGAAGGCUCAGAUGAGGUGUGUUUGUCCAUUGACCAUCCCCAGAAGAUCCUCCUCAUGGGAGAAGCUCUGGAUAUGGGCACCUGCAAAGCCAGGAAGAAGAAUGGUGAUCCUUGUGCACAGAUUGUGAACCUGAAUGACUGUGAAUAUUGUCAGUAUCACAUACAGUCCCAGUACAAGAAGCUUAGCUCGAAGCGGGCAGAUCUGCAGUCCACCUUUUCUGGUGGCCGCAUUCCCAAAAGAGUUGGUCGGAAAAAUCCCACUUUGAAGGAGAGGCUGUGUCAGGAUGGGUUUUACUAUGGAGGAGUCUCUUCAGCAGCAUAUGCAGCCUCAGUCGCAGCAGCUGCUGUGCCAAAAAGGAAGAUUCAAACCACUCUCUCCAACCUGGUCGUGAAAGGAUCUGAUGCAAUUGUCCGGGAAACCAAGCAGAAAAUCGGUGCAGCAAAGAGACCCAUGCAGUGUUCUGAAGAAUUCAGGGAACUGCUGGCACAGCCAACUUUUGGAGCACGAAACCUCUCCAAACACUGGACCAAAACAGGUAUUGUCCUUUUGCCUGAAGGACGACCCACUCCUAAAAUCAAGUCUAUCUCUGCUUCAGCACUGCUCAAGCAACAGAAACAGAAAUUGCUGGAGGCCCGAAAAAAGCGAUCUGAAGAGAUUCAGAGGCGGUUUCUCCAGAACACAGGUAAAGCCAGCACUCCUGCUCUCCCAUCCUCCUCCAGACAGACCUCCCUCCACUCCCCAGUGCCUGGGGCAGAGUUUCCCAAAGCUGCAAAAAUGUCAACUCCUCAAAGGCCCAGGCUAGGUACAGGCUUCUCAGAAGGAGAAGAUAUCCUCUUCUUUGACAAGUCUCCUCCACCAAGGCCAAAGCUAGACAGCUUGGCAGAAGCCAAAAAGCUGGCUGCAAUACGACGACUACGAGCAAAAGGCCAGAUUCUUCCUAAAACAGACCCAAACAGCGUCAAGAGAAAACGGACUGAUGUUGAGGAUGUCCUAGAAAUUGUUGAAAGAGUUGAGAAAAGACUGAACCUUUUUGUCUCCCUAGAAAUGGAUGGACUGGAACCUGCCCAAAAAAAACGGCGUGAGCAGCUGGCCUAUCUGGAGUCAGAAGAGUUCCAGAAAAUCCUGAAGGCCAAGUCCAAGCACACAGAUGUCCUAAAAGAGGCUGAGGCUGAACUGCAGGAGCAAUACUUUGAGCCACUGGUGAAAAAGGAAGAGCUGGAAGAGAAGAUGAGGAACAUUAAAGCAGUGAAAUGCCGAGUUGUGACAUGUAAAACGUGUAAUUACACCUAUUUCAAGCCUCUGGAGACUUGUGUGCAGGAUAAGCACGACUACCUCUGGCAUGAUGCCAUCAAGAGAUUUUUCAAAUGUCCUUGUGGAGGCAGAGCUAUUUCCCUUGACAGGCUUCCAAAAAAGCCCUGCAGUAACUGUGGCCUCUUCAAGUGGGAGCGAGAUGGGAUGCUAAAGGAGAAAAAAGGUCCGAAGAUUGGUGGAGAAACGCUUUUACCAAGAGGAGAAGAACAACCAAAAUUUCUCAAUAGUCUUAAGUGA